CUCGCGCUAGCCGCUUCCGCCCGGCGGAGCAGUGCCGGCGGGCUCUCGACCGCGGGGCGAUAUGGCGGCGGCGGAGUCCCGAUGGCUGCUGGGCCGCCUCACUCCGGACGCCUACGCGAGAGCGCAGAACGGGAAGCUGUACCUCGCCACCUUCGCUGCUGUAUUGGGCCCGCUGAGCUUUGGCUUCGCGCUAGGCUAUAGCUCGCCUGUUAUUCCGGAGCUGGGCAAAACCAACGAUCCUAAACUAAGGUUGGACAGCAACCAGGCGUCGUGGUUCGGGUCUGUUGUAACAUUAGGAGCUGCUACUGGAGGAAUACUGGGAGGCUAUCUUGUGGAUAAAGUUGGGAGAAAACUGAGUCUAAUGCUAUGCUCAAUACCAUAUGUUUCUGGAUAUGUAGUUAUUAUUUCUGCUCAGAAUAUUUGGAUGCUUUAUUUUGGAAGAAUACUGACCGGCUUAGCCAGUGGAAUUACUUCACUUGUUGUUCCAGUGUAUAUAUCUGAAAUAUCUCAUCCUAAAGUUCGUGGUAUGCUUGGCUCUUGUGUUCAACUGAUGGUGGUGACUGGCAUACUGGGAGCCUACAUUGCAGGAAUAACACUAAAAUGGCGCUGGCUGGCAGUAUUGUGUUGUUUCCCAUCCUGCAUAAUGCUUUUGUUCAUGUUCUUCAUGCCUGAAACACCGAGAUUUCUGCUGAACCAGAACAAACAUUCAGAAGCCAUAGCCUCUUUACAGUUUCUGCGGGGACCACAUGUGGAUCAUGAAUGGGAAUGUAGGCAGAUUGAAGCUAAUGUUGAGGAGGAGGGAUUGAGUUUCUUGGAGUUCAAGAAUCCUUCAAUCUACAGGCCACUUCUUAUUGGUGUGGCACUAAUGUUCUUCCAGCAAGUAACUGGCAUUAAUGCAGUUAUGUUUUAUGCAGAAACUAUCUUUGAAGAUGCAAAUUUCAAGGACAGCAGAAUGGCUUCUGUUGUUGUUGGUUCCAUACAAGUAUGUUUCACUGCAGUGGCUGCACUUAUCAUAGAUAAAACUGGACGAAAAGUACUACUUUACAUAUCUGGGAUCAUCAUGGCUCUCAGUACUGCAUUGUUUGGGCUGUACUUUAAAAUGGUCCUUCCAAAUCCAAACAACUCAUCGCAUCCUGAUCUACUCUUCACCUUAAAUACAGUAUCCCCAGGAACAGAAAGCAACCUCUCCUGGCUUGCUGUAGUGAGCCUAGGGCUCUUUGUUGCUGGUUUUGCCCUUGGCUGGGGUCCCAUCCCAUGGCUGGUGAUGUCUGAAAUUUUUCCACUUAAAGCGAGAGGCAUUUCCAGUGGCGCUUGUGUGUUAACAAACUGGGUUAUGGCCUUUUUAGUAACCAAGGAAUUUCAUGAUCUUAUAGGUUUCUUAACAUCCUAUGGCACAUUUUGGCUCUUCUCUGCCUUCUGUUGCAUGAAUGUAAUUUUCACAGCUUUUUAUGUUCCUGAAACAAAAGGACGGACCCUGGAACAAAUUGAAGCAUACUUCAGAAGAUCUUAACCCCAAGGCUCUUAUAUUGAUGUGAAACUUUCAUAUCAUGAACUAUGCUGCCAUUGUUAAACUAUCUGUAUCACUUAGCAGACUUCUCAGUGACACAAUUUGAUUGAGAAAAAUAUUUUUUUUUAUUAAAAAAAAUAAAGGGAAUCUGCACACA